AUGGGGAGCAAAAAGGGGCGCCUCUUCGGCAGCCGUGGCGACCCUGCGGAAAGCCCUCGCUCCCGACCCCUCGUCCUCGUCAGGGUUCUCGGGCUCGAGGGGCAAGCGGAGGAGCCUCCACAAGCCCUGCGCCGCAGCCGCACGGACAACACCCUGCUGCUGCUCGUUCAGCUGGGGAUCCCGCAGCACAAAGUUCCGCGCCUCAAGACCAGCAUGCAGCUGCUCCAACACCCAGCAUGCGACGCUCCGAGUGGAGGACAUCAAGCACAAAGUCGGACCGGGCGUCCCAGUCACGAGCCCACAUGGUCCCGGGCUGAGGAGGAGACUCCCACAGCUCACCGUUCCACUACUUCUCGUCAUCCUCAGGAUCAGGCGCGUCGGGCGGAAGCGGAGGAGACGGGGCACGAGGCGGAGGGAAGCGAGCGGGAGGAGCAGGGUCAGCGGGAACGAGGGGAUGUUGCCGCUGAGGAAGCUCAGAGGGUAGAUAUGCAACGUCAGGCUGAUGAGCAGGACAGCGAGGCACGAGAGGUGCCUCAACGGGCGACACUGGCGGCGGAGGCACCGCAACCGGAGGAUGGACAGAAGGCGGGGCCGCUAGCGGUACUGAUGCUAAGGCAGGCGGGGCCACCAGAGGGGACGAGGCAGCGGGAACAGAUGACUACUGCUGGGAGGAAUGCUGUUGGGAGGACUGCUGAGAUGACACGGGAGGAAGGAGAGGAGGAGGCGGCUGAGGCACGGGAAGAGAGGGCGCCUUCAGAUGCGGACCGACAAUCUGCCGCUGAAGUGACGGCGGAGGGCGAGGCGGACGACGACGACGACAGGUACCGCCCCGGGCCCGCAGAUGAGGAUGGGUACGCCCGCGGGGCGAGUGGUAGACAGGCUCGCGCGGCCGAGAGGGAGUUUCGGCCCCUUCACGCGAGACUAGGGCAGCGGCGGCUCGGAGUAGGACUGGCGCCAGCUCAUCCCGGUCCUCAGGCGGGUUGGGAACAGCAGAUUGCCUCGCAGCCCGUUCCCACCGCUGGCGCUUGCCCGUCAUCGCAGCAGCGGCACGUCGAACGAGAGGAGUUGGAGUUGGAGCAACGGGCAGCAGAGCAGGCGGAGGACGCGGCCCACGAGGAAGAAGCGUUGUUGGCAACACAGGCCGCAGAUCGAAGAAAGAGGGCGGAGUAUAGGGAGGAAACGGAGGAGGAAUCAGAGGACGUUUCAGUCGAGGCGGAAGAGGGAAUCCCCACAAAUAUGGAAAGGGGGAGACGACGUGGAGGCAGACAGGGGCGGGAUGAGGGAAGGGAGAACGCGCAAGGGGGCGAAUCAGAGGCCCAAAGAGCCAACGAGGCCGACAGCAAGGAGAGGGCGCCUUUGAAGAUCGAGGAGGAUGAGGACGCGUGGCACAAGGUGUUGGAUUGGGAUCUGGGACCUCUGCGCGCCAGCGCACAGCCGUUCCUCAUCAGGAGACUGCCACCAGAUAUUUUGAAAGUGAUCUCGUACCUCCUGCGAACAACACCAGCGGACGUGCUCCCCCGGAGGGAAUGGAGAGAAUGGAGCGAGAGACUCCUGUGGACAGCGCUAAAAGCGGCAUACCUCCACACGCCGAGCAAGGAACUGGAGAACAGCCUGGUGUGGAGUCAGGCGACUCUGCCAAUUGCGCUAGGGGGCCUGGGAAUCAUAGACCCACUCUCAGAGGCACUUGCGGCAUACCUGGCGUCACUACAGGUGGCGCAGAUUCUCCUACAGCACGUGUCGGCAGGCCCCAGCUACCCCCCUGCAGAGCGUAGCAGCACUGGUGUCACCACACGGGGACGGAGCUGCAGGGGUAAAUGGGUCCUCUAUUAG